AUGGAUUCACAUGCGAGUCACAUAACUCCUGAAGUCAUUGCAAUGGCUUCAGAGAAUGAUAUCAUAAUUGUAACAUUUCCAAGCCACACAAGUCAUUUGCUACAGCCUUUGGAUGUAGCAGUAUACUGGCCUUUGAAAUUGGCUUGGCAGAAACACCUGAGGCAGUUUCAAGAAGGUAAUCCGCUGAGAAGACCAGGAAGAUUCGAUUUCCAUGGGAUGUUCAGUCCCGCUAUUCUGGAAGCAUUCAGCAGAGAAAAUAUCAUUUCUGCAUUCUGCAAGGCUGGUGUUUUCCCACUAAACAAGAUGAAAAUUCCUGAUGAAGCCCUGACAACAAACGUGGAUAACAGGUGUAUGGAUGAAAAUUCCCUGUCAGUCAGCAAUGCACCUGCUACAAAGGAAGGCAUCGAUGAUGUGUUUAAAACUACCUGA